CAGAAGAUGAGGCUGCCUGGCCCUGCUGUGCCCCUCCAGCUGCACACUGUCACAGCUGCCUCUAGAGUGCUGGCGAGGCUGCAACAGAGAGUACAGUGUACAUGUGUGGUCCCUGAAUUUGAAGAACGCAGUUGGGAAAGGGAUUCGGUUGGCUGAAUCCUGGGAUGCCUUCCCAGGAACAGCCGAAUUGUUUCAUUCCUGACAAGAAAUGGAACGCAGAAUGAAUGACAAAAUCGCCAGAGUUUUUUUUAACCAAUUAUAAGGGCUAAAUCGUCAGUUUCACUGCAAUUCGGUCUGGGCUGUAUAUUCAGAGCUGCAUCUGGCGAUACUGAUCGGGAUUGGAGUUUGUCCCCUGGGUGCAGCAGGGAGAUGUGUUUUGUUUUGAUAUGGAUUCCGUUGUCAAGAGGAACGUCCCACGGUUUACAGGGACAUAGCUGCGUCAGCGAUAAGCUUAAAGCCGCAACAGCGCAAUAUGAGCUCACACCGUCAUUCUCCUGCAGUCAAGCAGCGUCCCGGCGUUAUUAACGUGCUCGAUCCCGACGAAACCGGCCCCAGAAGGUAAGCCAAGCAGCAUCUCAGGAGCACAAAAGCGUGGUGCUUGCUUGGCCUGUUGUGUUCAUCCAGCUCCACACUUUGUUAUCUCGGAUUCUCCAGCAUCUGCAGUUCCCAUUAUCACUCACCCAGAAGGAGCUUCUCUGCAAAGUGAACAGCGAUGCAAAAGAUCUCUCAAUUCAGUUUUCUUGUACUGUGGGGACGACUGGCAUUAAGUAAGGGAUUCAAAGUCCUAAUGCCUAAAGAGCAAGUAAUAGCUAUCCUUAACCAGGUUGUCAUGCUGGAAUGCAAUUUCACUGUGACUGAGGAGCCACCUUUGAAGAACAUAGUUAUCAACUGGCAGCUUGCCAACACCAAUCAGGUUGUCCACAGUUACUAUUAUGGGAGAGACCAGCUAAAGAAGCAGAAUCCUAAUUAUUUCGGCAUAACAAGUUUAUUCCCGGAAGAGUUUAAACGUGGAAAUGCUUCCCUAAGAUUAGAAGGAGUAAAGCUAAAACACAGUGGAAAAUACCAGUGUUACGUCAGCAAUGCAUCUGGAAGUGGUGAAGGAAUAAUUACUGUUGUUCUUGCAGCAUUCUACAGUGAGCCAAGGCUAAUCAUCAAGCAGAAAUCAUCCAGCACCAGUUUAAUGUUUGAGUCUAGCGGCUACCCUAAGGCUGAUAUUUCUUGGUACUUUGGAGACAACAAAGAUGCUUCCGUUUUGUCCAAUACUUCCUACUGGCAAGAUGCUGAUGGACUGUACACAGUCCAAAGCACCAUGGAAAUCAACAAAAUAGAGAACAAUUCAACCUAUACAUUUGUUUUAAGAAAUGCGGUUGUCAAUCAAACCAUCUUGAGGACAUUUACUUUAAAAGCUGAAGAAUAUGGCACUUCGAUGUCAAAAUCGGCCAGCACACUUCUCCUAAUUACUAUUGCAGGCAGUGUAUUAAUCAUAAUGGCACUGGCUAUACUGUUAUAUAAUAAAUAUAUUAAAGCAAAGAGCAUAGAAAUCAUUGUUCCAAAUUUGCCAUGAGAUCACUGCAACGUCCAGCAUAAGCUGAUAGUGGCCCUAAUCAAUUCUCCAGUGGUGUGGAAGUCUCGGUCUGUGUGGAGUUAUGAUGGUUGCAUGUGGGAGACUCGUUUUGAAUACUUCAUUCCAGUGAUGGUGUUUGAAUGGCUGGAAUAUUGCCCAGUGGUCCAUGUGCAGAAGCUGUGAGGAAUCCAUCUGUUGUCACAGAGUCUUUGCACCACAUUUGGCCCAUCAAAUCGAUACUGACUCUUACAGUUGUACUCAUUGAUCCUUGAAAGCUCGCAUUAAUAAGGAAACACUUGUAACAAUCAAUGACAGACACUAUCUAACAUAUGGAAGACCCCCUCGGUGACUGCAUGGGAAGGACAGCAAGAGGAGUGUUUGGUGAUUUGUUGUGGACGAGAUCAUUUUAAAACUGCGAAAGUGAUGAAAAUGCUGUGAGAUACUGAUCAGUCAUUUCUAAAUGCUGAAUGUAUUUAAAUUUUAUCUAAAUGUUACUUAAAAUCUCAACAUUGUUUUCAUUUUUACUCCUUACGUUUCAAUGCUGUGUUUAAAUCAAAAAUAAAAUUGUC